GCCUGAAGUGAGCUAAAGAUUUUGAGUCUGACUUUAAAUGGUCUUUUUUCUGUCUGAUCAUCAGGAGGUGGCUCGAAGAAAAAACUGUUUCUGCGGAGGAGAGUCUUUUUCUUAUUUUUUUUCUCCAUCACACAACAUGUCACAGCUCCAGUUUGGGCCGCGGUGCUGAUCAGGGAGCCUAAGGGUGGCUUCUAUGCUGGAGGCUUGGAGGUUUGAAGGGCUGCCACCGGGGAGGCUUCUCAGCUCUUAACCCCAGAGAGGUGGAGGCAUCAUCAGGUAGGAGGCGACUGAGCGGAAAGCAGAAGAGGAGUAGGAGGAAGAGUUGUGCGUGUGUCGUAGACUGUGUAGGCAGGCCGAUGGCAGGACCGGUGAAGCUGCCUGAUGCUUUAAACUCCUGCUGAGAGAGGAUAAUGGCAGCUCUGGGCCCACUCUCCUCCUCUCUCACCCGCAUCUGCCACAGAGGAGCUGGAAAGUGCUAGCCGAUGCUACAAAGAGCUCACCAAGAGGAUGGUGUGAACAGCGUCACCCUUCCCCACCACACCGGGAGACCCCUGACACCCCUGUGAGGGGCCAAGUCUUCUUGUUCACCUCGUUUCUCCUUCCUCUUCUCCAAACUAGCUGAAAACGAGGGGUGGCGUUGUUUGAUUUGUGUGGGAGUUCUCUCCCUCUCCCUCCCACUCUCUCCUCCUCCUCACCCCUGACCUCACCGACCUCCAAACUCAGCUCCAUGGAUUGGUUCUAGCACCAACCUGUCCUUCUUUUUCCUCCCUUCGUUUUCUUUUUCUUUUCUUUUUCUUUUUGUCGAGGCUUCAGGGGAAUUGCCAAGACCUGUUUCAUGCAUGUCCACUGGCGGCAGGUUCAACUUUGACGAUGGGGGGUCAUACUGCGGAGGGUGGGAGGAGGGCAAGGCGCACGGCCACGGGAUCUGCACGGGACCCAAGGGCCAGGGCGAGUACUGCGGGUCCUGGGCCCAUGGCUUCGAGCUGCUGGGCGUCUACACUUGGCCCAGUGGGAACACCUACCAGGGCACCUGGGCUCAGGGCAAGAGACAUGGCGUGGGCGUCGAGAAUAAAGGCCGCUGGGUGUACAAAGGCGAGUGGACGCACGGCUUUAAGGGGCGCUACGGCCUGCGGGAAAGCACGGGGACGAGCGGGAAGUAUGAAGGGACGUGGAACAACGGGCUGCAGGAUGGUUACGGAACAGAGACGUACUCAGAUGGAGGAACAUUUCAGGGCCAGUGGGUUGGCGGGAUGCGGCAUGGCUACGGAGUUCGUCAGAGUGUCCCGUACGGCAUGGCGGCCGUCAUCCGGUCCCCGCUCCGUACCUCCAUAAACUCUCUCCGCUCCGGUUCAGAACACAGCAAUGGUACAGCUCUGCUGGACCGGACCGGGGCGGUGGUUCCUGGUCCUCCUCCUGUUCCUGGCACACUGACAACCAGCGUGUCCAUGUGCAGCACGGGCAGCAGCGGCAGCAGCCCCGCUGUGUCUCGUGGAGGUUUCGUGCUGACGGCACACAGCGAGGCUGAGCUGCUGAAGGGGAAGAGAAAAGGCGGGUUGUUCCGGAGAUCCAUCCUGUCCGGGCUCAAGCUAAGGAAGUCUGAGUCCAGGAGUUCUCUGGCCUCCCAGAGGUCUAAACAGAGCUCGUUCAGGAGCGAGGCGGGGAUGAGUACAGUGUCCUCUGCUGCUUCUGAUAUCAACUCUACUAUCAGUCUUGGAGAUGCAGACGCAGAGUUGGCUGCGGCUGACGACGAUGUGGACGCCACGGCAACAGAGACCUACUGCGGGGAGUGGAAGAACGACAAACGGACAGGGUUUGGUGUGAGUCGGCGGUCUGAUGGGCUGCAGUAUGAGGGGGAGUGGCUUAGCAACAAACGUCAUGGCUACGGCUGCACCACAUUUCCUGAUGGCACAAAAGAGGAAGGGAAGUACAAGCAGAACAUCCUGGUGAGCGGAAAGCGGAAGAACCUGAUCCCCCUCCGAGCCAGCAAGAUCAGAGAGAAGGUGGACCGAGCGGUGGAGGGAGCGCAGAAGGCAGCAGACAUCGCCCGGCAGAAGGCUGAGAUCGCUCUGUCCAGGACGGCUCAUGCACAGGGUAAAGCGGAGGCAGCAGUAGUAGCAGCUCAGAAAGCCCAGGAGGAGAGUCGCAUGGCAAGGGUCACAGCCAAGCAGUUCUCCCCUUCCUUCCAGCACCCAGGAAAUGGCAUGGAGGUGCAGCGUCCAAAACGCCAGGUGUCCAGCGAGGUGGAGGGCGAGGGGUUGUCGAGUAGCGCCGGCACCGCUGACAGCCCCGACCUUUACGUAAAGAGCGCAGGCUCCGACGACCCCUCCAACGAUGCUGCAACCCCAGACCUCAGUCCCCCUUCUUCCUCACCACCACACACGCCACCUCCCCCCGCCCGGCCAUCCCAGCGCAGCAAGAGUGCCCGUUUCCAUCGGCAGAGCGCAGUGGACCACGGGGACAAGGGGAAGGACGGAGGAGAAAGGGGUGAGAAAGGUGGUGGAGGAGGGCAGACAGAGAUCCAAGUGUUGAUGGAGGGAGGAAGCAGGGUAGGUGAAGGCGGAGGAGGGAAGGGCGAGUACCCACGGGCCAACAGCUGGAGUGAGGACAAGAGGAGAGGGGUGUUGUCAAAAGGCGGAGUUGGGAUCAGUGGACGAGGAGCGAGCCGAACCAACGGACACAAACAUAGCUCCUCCAAUCACAAGUCCCGAGAGCACGGAUCAUCCAAUCACAGACAAGCCAGAGGGGACAGGUGGACGGAGUCGUCCUCGUCUGCCUCUUGGACAUCCGGGCACAGGGGCGUGCACAGCAGGGGAGGCCGGCUGCUGGAGCAGGAUGAGGAGAAAAUUAGCAAUUAUGAGAUGGAGAUGAAGCCUUUACAGCCCAGAGACUCCACUACCCACAAGCCCCAUGGGCACGGGGAGGAGAAGCACGGGCAUAGUCAUGCUCACGGAGAGGGGUGCUCGCACACCGUGCAACGACAGAGGCAUAAGAACCGCGACGGGAGGGAGGGGAGGGAAGGAAGAGAGGGGAAGGAGGGGAAGGAGGGGAGGGAGGCGGGUAAAGAGGUGCACAAGCUGGACAGACCGGGUGAAAAGAUGGAUUCACGGCCUCUGCGUCGGGACCUCACCCUCUCCCCCCCUCUGAAGUCCUCCCCCAUCACACCCGAGCAGCAGGACCACAGCCUCACGCAGAGCAAAGGCAACUCGGCCUACAGCUCUAUCCUGGUUGUCAUGGUGAUUCUGCUCAACAUUGGAGUGGCUAUUUUGUUUAUCCACUUUUUUAUUUAAGGACAGCACCACUUUCAGAGUCAGCCUAUCUAUGCUACAACAACUAUAAAUUCAUAUGAGUAUUACAACGAAUCUGCUGCUCCCUCGUGUUCCUGGCGAGGGGACUGCAACCGGCCGAAGGAAGACUAGGACCAAGGAGGGCUCCGCCAUCAUUUGGGCUAAAGAUGGCUGACCCGGGCUAACCUCAGCUAUGCUUGGUCCAGUCUUCGUGAAAGAGAUGCUGAGGUGCAGAGCCCAAAGAAGUGGACAAAAGAGGGGUGAAGCAGUCCGGGUAACUGGACUACAUGGAGAUAAUAUAGUCCAGAAACUGGACUUAAGUGAGCUUCAGUAGUUCACAUAUAGACUCAAAUGGACUGAACUGGUCUGAUCCCCAGGCCAUGAGAGCUACAGCUGGCAUUACAGCGAGAUGUCUGCUUCCACUGUCUGCAGACAGGACUGACGAGACAGACUUUUUCAUCUUCAAAUCAUAGUUUUCAACAGAUUUGUAACUUAUAAUUUAUUUAUUAACAUUUUCUCUCAUGUACAAUAUGUUGAUGGAUAUAUUCUUUAUUUUGUAACCCUCCACCCCUCUUUAUAUAACUCCUGCCUUUUGGUUCCUCUGCCUGCCCAGGUGUUGUUACUGAUGGUUCAAGGUGUGUGUUCAUGUG